GUCCCGCUGAGUGGCUACAGGAAGGUUCCCGAGCCUCCGGUGGCAAAGGGAACGUUCGAGUUCACGUAUCUGUGCCUGCGCGCUAUCGCCUUUUCCUGCCCAAAGCGAGAGGAUAGCCCGGAUCGCCGUCCCCCUCCUCCAGAAGGACCUCUCCGUGGACGCCCCCGGUGGUGUCCCGACGCCUGCAGCCGGCCGCCCUUCGGAGCGAGACGGAAGAGCUUCCGGGCGGGCGAGGGAAAGAGAGAAAGUAGCCAGCCAUGUCGAACGCAAUGUAUAAUAAGAUGUGGCAUCAGACCCAAGAAGCCCUCAAUUCUUUGCUUGAUAAAGAGUCUCAGAACAUAAUGGAAUCACAAAACAAUCAAGUUUUCAUCUUCCAAAUGUUAGCCACCUUCUACAUAAAAUACGUGCAGAUCUUCAGAAACCUGGAGGAUGUCUAUGACCAGAUCGUCCACCCGCAGAAACGAAUAUUGAUCCGAAAAAUACUGGAUGGAGUGAUGGGUCGCAUCCUGGAACUGAAGAAUGAAAUGGUUGAAUUGGAAUUAACAGAGUUUCAUUAUUUUGAUGACAUCCUACAGGAUCUAAAGUUGGCUCCUCAACAAUUAGAUAUUCCCAUUCCCAAGUAUUUUUUGAAGGAGAAGCUGGAAGUCAUCAAAGGAAGAGAGAAAAUCCUUGCUCAGAUAUUAGCCAACACUGGACUAGAUAUACCUGAAAAGAAAUACACCGUAAAGGGUAUCCCCCUAGAAGAGGCUGUUAAACUAAUCCAGAUCGCUGAGAGAGCACGGCAAGGUCGCCUAAGAGCAAUGUUCAUGAAGCAAAUCUUCCUCCAAGAAUACAGAGCAAAGCAAACCAAGAUACCUGGCGAGAAAGUUGCUGACAUGGGAGCUGCCGUGCUGCAGAUUCAGAAGGUUUGGCGAGGUUUCCAUCAACGCAGGAAAACUGAGAAACAGAGAGAGGAGGAGAUGAUAUUCCUGGGUAUGAAACCACCUCCUCUGUUUAAUGAAGUCAGUGCUACAGUAAUCCAGGCUGAAAAGGUGAGCUUCCUGAGGAAUGAGGUGCAGGUAAAGCAUGAGGAGAACUACAAAGAAGCUUUGGUUACAAUCAAGGAUGACCUGAAAUUAAUAGAAGGUCCAGACAUCAAGGAAAACCUUCAAGACCAGAUCCGGCAUUGGUUCAUCGAAUGCAGGAACUUAACCGGCACAUUUCCUGAAUACCCUAACGUGGAAGAAGGAGGGUCCGCCAUUAUCUUUUCCAACAAGACCCCACAACAGGUUACUGAGGAUAUUAUUGCAAACCAAGAAGAAGAGGAGAAAAACAAAAAGAAGAAAAAGAAGGAGGCCAAGAAACCCAAGAAACCUAAAAAAGAAAAGGAAAAGAAAGGUGCAAAAGAAAAAAACAAGGAAGAAGAUGACGGCUGGAAAAUGUCACCAAGUGUUUUCCUUCCCACGAUGGAGGAAGGAAAUAACGUGUACAAAGACCUGUGGAAGAAUAAGGACGAGUCAGGGAAUCUCCCCCAGGACUAUGACCCGGAACUGAUCAAACAGGAGAAACGGAAGGAACUGGAGUCGGAGAUCAGAGCGCAGGUGGAUGAGCUAAUGAGACAGGAACUAAAAAACUUGAAACUGGCUGUGGACAGAGAAAAGGAGUAUCCGGUCAAAGCAGCAAAGAAGAAAGGAGAUAAAAAGAAAAAGAAAGGGAAGAAAGGCAAAAAAGGGAAAAGAGGGAAGGACAAAGAUCUGACAGCAGACAGGACCAUUGAGUCUCUGUAUAAGGAACUGGUGGAAGAAGGGUUGCUGAUCCAGGCUCUGAAAGUUAACCUCUCUGAUUACAUCGGAGAGUACAGUUACCUGGGGGCCACGCUUCGCCAGGUAUCCAUAGAACCUAUGCCUUCCCUCCUGGAUGUCAGACAGCUCAUCGCCCUGUACGGGAUCUUGCCACUAGGUUCUGCAACGGUGCACGAGAAGGCUCCUUUGGUGAAAUCCCUGCUGCUGGCAGGGCCAUCGGGGGUAGGGAAGAAAAUGCUGGUCCACGCCAUCUGCACCGAAACGGGAGCCAACCUCUUCAACUUGUCGGCAGCUAACAUUGCGGGGAAGUACCCUGGCAAAAAUGGCUUGCAAAUGAUGCUGCAUGUGGUCAUCAAGGUGGCCCGGGAGCUCCAGCCCUCCGUGGUGUGGAUCGGAGACACGGAGAAAACCUUCUACAAGAAAGUCCCCAGCACAGAAAGGAUGAUCGAGCCUAAACGCCUCAAAAAACAGCUUCCCAAAAUCCUGAGACUCCUGAAACCGGACGACAGGAUUCUGAUUGUGGGAACAACACAGCGCCCUUUCGAUGCUGAACUUCAAUCUUUUUGCAAAGUUUACCAAAAAAUUAUUUUGGUUCCCAGACCAGACUAUGCUUCCAGAUUCGUUCUGUGGAAACAGAUCAUUCAACGCAAUGGAGGCAUCAUUACCAAUGCCUUGAAUAUAAGUUGCCUGGCAAAGGUCACCGAUGGCUUCACCCAGGGACACAUAGUCGAGAUGGUUCAAGGUGUGCUCACAGACCGCAGAAUACGGCAGCAAACUUACAAACCGCUCACAGCUGCCGAGUUUAUUGCAAUGUUAACCCGCAUGAGUCCGGUGUACCAGGAGGAAGAAGAGAGCUUUAAGAACUGGUACGCCAAAACCCCCACGGGUAAAAAGCGAGCCUUGGCGCUAACAGGAGGGGACAUUGAAAAAGAAAAGGAUAAAGGGAAAAAGAAGGGGAAAAAGGAGAAGAAAAAGUAAUGCCCUUCUGAGGAACCAUCCUUGAGUGUCUCAGGGAUGGAGGUGGUCCUGACCUGCUGGGGAGAAGACUCACCAUUGCCUGUCUGAGGAAGACCCCGGCCGAUGCCCUGAGCUCAUCCGCCCCUGCAUUCCCUCAGAUCUUUAGUAGGCUGCACACCACGUUCGAUGUCCAUCACAAUCGUUUCUAGAGCUCAUGAUUGUUUCUCAGUCUGUGUAAAGUUUGUGUGUAAUGGAACUCCACUCCACACACAAUCUUUCCAUCUCAUCAGCACUAGUCACCAAAUUUACAACGUGAUAGUUAGAAAAUACUCUAAUUUGACAAUUAGUAAGUAAUUUGAGUCUGUCACCAGCACUCUGGCUUUUUAUUAAUCCAUAUACACUGUAUAUUAUCUUGCACAUAUUUUAAUACAAUAAUUCUUUGCUCUAUUAAUCUAGUUUAUAUAAUGGAAUAAAAACUGUUGU